UAAUAAAUCCACCCCCUCCCUCCGUUAUAAAACCUCGCCUCUCUGUCCCCCGUCUCCGCCGCCCCUCUUCCUACUCUCUCUUGAGGCGAAAUGGAGAAACCCUACCGCUCUUUCUCACCGGCGGAGUACGCUACAGCGUCUCGGACUGUAGGUCAUGGUUGAGCUCCGGGAAGUUUCCUCUUCCUUCUCCUCCUCUUCUUCUUCUUCGUCUUCUUCUCCCUAUCCUCCGUCGUUUAGAUUUUUGGGGCCUUUCUUACCGUCGAAGGACCGAUGAACAGCGCGGCGGCGGGGGGGUGCCGGCCGCCGUUCACGGCGUCGCAGUGGCAGGAGCUGGAGCACCAGGCGCUUAUCUACAAGUAUCUCAUAGCCGGAGUCCCCGUGCCCCCUGAUCUACUCAUCCCCAUCCGGAGGAGCUUUGAGGCCGCCCAUGCUCGCUUCUACCACCACCCUGCUCUGGGUUACUAUUCCUUCUAUGGGAAGAAACUGGACCCGGAGCCAGGUCGGUGCCGUCGGACAGAUGGGAAGAAGUGGCGGUGCUCCAAGGAUGCGUACCCUGACUCCAAGUACUGUGAGCGCCACAUGCAUCGUGGCCGCAACCGUUCAAGAAAGCCUGUGGAAUCACAAACCUUCUCCCAGUCACAGUCAUCAUCCUCGACCAUGACAUCCCUUGCUCCCUCUGGGAGCAGUGCAAGCGGGAGUGGUAGUGGAAGCUUCCAGAGCAUACCUCUGCACUCCAUUUCAGGUGGUAACAACCUUCAGGGCUCAUACCCUUGGCGGGCCAGCUCUUCUCAGCUGCACACGGACCCUGGUUCAUAUGGAAUUGGCAGCAGCAGCAGGUACCUCUCUGAAGUGAAGCCAGGGGUGGAUGAGCAUAGCUUCUUUUCUGAAGCUUCUGGAAGUGCAAGGGGCCUUGGGACGGAUUCAUCAGUGGACAGUUCAUGGCACCUGAUGCCAUCUCGGGUUUCCUCAUUUCCGCUGUCAAAAGCUAGAGACCCUUCUAUUCUACAGAGUGCUUAUCCUCAGUUUCAGUCGGUGCAAGAUCUUGGGCAGGUAACCAUAUGCUCGCUGUCAAAGCAUGAGCAACGGCAUUCCUUCUUUGGAAGUGAUUUUGGCUCAGCAGAACCUGUAAAGCAUGAAGGCCAAUCACUCCGUCCUUUCUUUGACGAGUGGCCUAAGACCAGGGAUUCAUGGUCAGAUCUGGAAGAGGAGAGGUCCAACCGGACCUCAUUCUCCACAACCCAGCUCUCGAUUUCCAUCCCAAUGGCCUCCUCUGACUUCUCCACAACCUCUUCGAGGUCUCCUAAUGAUGACUGAAAGAGAAGUCUUCAGGCCUUGUGGAUCUGGCUCUGAGUCAGGAAGUGAAUGGGGUAUCAGACUAUCAGCAGUACUUUUAGGAUUGCCUGUUUGGUUUUCUUUACUCUUUAAGAGAUUGUCCUGAGUCCUGUUAUCAAUCUCUCCAUCGACUGGAGCUGAUUGAGUAGUAACUGUUUGGGUCUGUUGCUAUUUUUAAUUAUUAUUAUUUUUAUGUACUGGAACUGCCUGUGAACACUUUAUGGAAGCAACUUUGUAAGUUUAGUGCCUGGACCAA